CCCGCUGUUUACCCAACCUGAAAGUGCCUGGGGGGCACUGGCCGCACAAAAGCCCCAUUCACCGGUAACAAGAACCCGGACCAACGCUGCCACGUCAAAUCGUUUGAGCAUAUAGGGCACAUGUUUCAGACCGCUGAGAGCAGGUAGGACAGGCUACCCCGACAAUAAUGCGAUGGAGAAGUGUUGUCGUAUAACUACGAGCGGCUCGAUUGUCAAACAAUCUGAUCGAAUGUUAUCUGCACUCCUCAUCUCACCUGACACAAUGACGUGUAAAGCAGGACUGCCCGACUACAGGACGUUAAGGUGUGUCCGCAGGCGGCAAUGGGUUAUUAUGUACUCUACAUUUCUUGAGAAAGUUUGAAGUACAACUAGGUCGAGUUUACUGGCGUUCUGGAUAAAGGGCGGAUUCUGUAGGGGGGUUUUGGACUUAGGGGGGAACUGCAGAGUGAAGGGCGUCGAUGGGAGCAGCGGGCCUCUCCACGAUCACUGCUCACCGGGCGGACAGGCGCUCGCGUUUGUCUCAGCAGGAGAAAGGUUGUGUAGGCCUACUGAAAAGGACUUGCUCCUAUGUGUGCGUGGCCUCCGUCGGGUUUCUGUUCCUCCUGGGAGUCUGCCUGCUCUACUUACCGGACCCGCUCACACUAGCACCGUCUUUCACUGAGGACAACAGCGAGGUGACGCUCCUGAUAUGGACGCAUCCAUUUGGUCGAUACCGCAAACUUCCGGAUUGCUUUGAGCUCUAUCAGAUUGGCGGGUGCACGCUCACUGACGAAGGGAGCGCGUACCCGCAGGCUGACGCUGUAAUUAUUCACCACCGGGACGUUGCCACGGGCACCGCAGACCUGCCACCGGAACCGCGGCCACGCGCACAAAAGUGGAUAUGGAUGAACUACGAGUCCCCCACGCACACACCCAGACUGUGGCGCUUUGAGGACGUUUUCAAUCUCACAAUGACCUACCGGACAGACUCAGAUAUUUUCCUUCCGUACGGAUAUCUAGUCCCCCGUGAACGCGGAACCAAGGGUGUCCAGAACCGUUUUGCGCAACCGCUGCGCGCAUCCUCGCGCUCACACCUCCUCCGGCCCCGCCUCCUGGCCUGGGUCAUCAGCAACUGGUCGGAGUCCCAUGCGCGGGUGUCUAUCUACAACCAGCUCCGCCGGUACGUACAGGUGGAUGUGUUCGGGCGCUCGGGCCGGCCGUUACCGGAAGACAGCGGCGGCAGCAGCGUGGUGCGGCUGGUCGGGCGGUACCAGUUCUACCUGGCGCUGGAGAACUCACAGCACACCGACUACAUCACGGAGAAGCUGUGGAACGCGGUGCAGGCCGGUGCUGUCCCGGUGGUCCUGGGUCCAUCCAGGCGGAACUAUGAGCGCUUCCUGCCCCCCGAGGCCUUCAUCCACGUGGACGACUUCUCCACAGUGCGAGGGCUAGCCCGGUACCUGCUGAUGCUGAGGCGCAACCCGGCGCGGCUGAGGCGGCACCUGGACUGGAGGGGGAGUUACAGAUUAUACCAGCCCAGCUUCUGGGCUGACCACUACUGUGCGGCUUGCAGGGCGGUGAGGAGGACCAGAGGCAAGACCGAUGUGGUCAAAGACUUGACACGAUGGUUUCACUCGUGAAAACAGCAGAAUCAUCUCAUGCAUGAACGGCUCACCUGACCACCAGCUGCCAAAAUGUGCAACAGACAUUCAUUGAUCAUUUAAUCAAUGUAUAUGACUUUAAUUCAAUAGCUGAGGUCAUUGAGAAUUACAUAAUGUUGACUGAUUUGAUUUGUGCUUUGUCUUACUUUCAAUCAGAGACAAGUUAUGUUUACAUAGUUUCAUGUGGACUUUCAUCUCAUCUUCAGCUGCUUGUGAACCUUGCAUUCACUGUUCACUUAAGUUAACUUUUACAUUGUCUCAUGUAUUUCCAUGGCAACUACUGGUUUCCAUUGAUUACAUGGUUUACUGCAUUAGUAAGAAAAUGAGCUUGCAAAGACAAGACUUUCUUUAGAUGAUUCAUCACAGUCAACAAUCUUCCUGUUUAUCAAUUAGCCAAUGUGUCAAAAUCCUCACUUUCAAUUUUAGUAUCAUGCUGACUAAUAUCAAAGUUGAUACACUGUGAUACAUUAUCUAUCUUGUGCAAGUUACUUUACAUUUUUGCACAAAAGGGCUUGAAAGGUAGAAUGAAACACAUUGUUUUAAAAAGAGGACAUCAGAGAUCAAGAAAUGAUGACUUGGUUAGAUGAUUAUAACACAAAUAAUGCGUGUGUGUGUGUUUGAUUCAGGGAGGCAGAAACAUCUCCAGACAUAAAUACCCUCCUGUUGAUCGCUCUGAGGGGUUAGCACUAAAUCAUGUUAAUCACCCUGAUCUGACCUGCUAUCGGCUGUUAACAUGGUUGAUGCUUGUGUUGUAGCCACAGAACACCAAAAUGUAGCACCUGAGCACAGCUUUGUGUCUGCACACCAUUGAACGUUUCAUUGCAACACUUACCUGAAUGACAUUUUACGGGUUGUUAGACCACACACUUGUCUUUUCAGUGCUGUUCAUAUACCUCUAGCACGACUUGUUGGAGCGCAAGACAGCUGCACUGACACACACAUCCUUUACUGUAUCUCACUGUAACGUUGACGUUAUUUACUGCCAUGCUCAUUUUGCUGAUGUUUUUGUUCUCCCUUAUAUAUUGUUAUAGCUUAGGCUACAGCAAUAGGGCAGAACACCCUUGAGAGGAGGUGCACAUGCGCUUCAGGAGUCACUUGAUAAGAAUCAGAAGCUGAGAUGUGAAUCGUAUAAAUUUACACCUCUGAAUUAGUGCCCUGACACAACAUUAACACUUUACACUGUCAAAUGAGACAUUUCCUGCAGGCACAAGGGCAGUGAAUACUGUUGUACCCCAUAAUGAGCUGAUGCCUCAGCAGCUGUUGAAACCACUGACGUCUAUCAGCAAUAAUGCUUUCAGACGGCCAGAACAGCCAGACCCCUCUUCCCUGUCAUAAUCACAUUCAUGUGCACAAGGGAGUUAUACGCAUAUCGAGUUACUGUGAGUAAUAUCACUCUUUAUACUCUCAAAUAUAGAUCCACUACAUGUCCUGAAGCUUGUUUGACAUGUCCUCGUUCAAAGUAAAUUAUACCUUUCUGCUGUGCGAAGCAUAUCCUCUAUUGUCUGGACAGGUGCUGGAAAGUUGACCUAGUCGUAAAUAAAGGGAGGAAACUCCUCGGAUUGUUUCUUAAGAGCUCAUCUGAUCACAAGGAAGAUGCUGAUAUUGUACAGGAUAUCUAACAUGUCUAUUGCACUUAUUGAUGUGCUAUUACUACCUAUUGUUAGCAUUUUAAUUACAUUGUUAGUUGUACAAUCAAUCAAGAAUUGUUUCUUGGAAAUCAAGAUAGAAAUACACGUCUUAGUCCUUAUUCUUAUCUACUUUAAUUUGAUUUGAGUUUUUCUUUAAUGUUCAUUCGAUUUAUAUAUUGUCAAUUUUAUCUAAUCGUUAUCUAUUAUCAGUUUUGUGUUUAAAUUUUUCAUACACAUUGCUGAAAACACAUAAUGGUUAAUACAGAUUAAUUGUUCGUAAAUGGGUUUCACUUUUUAAUUUAUUUUUUACUACACUACACUUUUCUUUACAGGGAACCUGAAUUAAUAUCAGUUUGGUUUGUUUUAUAGUUUAAAGUGAAAUUCAUUGGGUUCAGUCAAAUUUAAAGUACAACAUCACUUUUGUCUUGGAUUGAAGAAAUUGUUGCAUAAAAAAAGACAUUUCACAAAAAACAGUAAACUAUAAUCUUGGUGUGUGCAACAUAGUGUGUAUCAAUCAGAUAACUAGAAUUACUUUGCACGGUAAACCUAAAAAAAAAACUAAAUCACUACCAAAGGUCAUUGGUCAUUCACUUGGUCAGUGAAAUAAAGAUCACAGUUAAUUCAAAGUCAAAGAGAUGGAACCAGUAAUUCUUCUUUUCUGUUUCUCUCAUGCAGGAUGAAAUAUCACCUCAUGUCACGGGCUGACAAGUUUACAGAGGAUGAGGUGAGUUGUUGCUUGGCAACAAGGUGAAAUAUUGGAUGUAUCAACAUAAGAUAGUGAUUCAAAGGUACAGGCAGUGGCGACACCGUUGAACAAGUUGAAGGUAAGCGCUGAUGAAUACCCAGAAUCGGAGGCAAUUUAAUUUGAUUUAAACCCCUUAACUACCAGCUACAGCUUAUUACAAAGAUCCUUCUCAGCUCUCUCCCAGACCCCCUCUGUAGUAACAGUGCCAUUCAUAACCUACAUGGCCCCUGGCGAGAGGCACAGUAAUCUCAUUUAUACAGCAACAGAUGUUUCUUUUAAAAACAUCCGUUGACUGGGGAAAGAAAAGUCUGCCUCUCAUUCUGUCAAGGCAUCAAAGAAACCAGUCUAAUCACUAUGAAAUCUGUCACAUUUAUCCUGGUCUGAAGAGACAUAUUGACUUACAGUCGGCUUACUAUGUUGUGAAACGUAAACGCUCUCCCUCCCUGUGCCUCUCACACAGCCUGCACAUACUUUAUAAUGAAACUUCCAUGCUCUGUACAUCAAAAGGCCCGCAGAGGGGGGGAGGAGAGAGAGGAAAAUGCAUAUGAAACAACAAAACCCCCAGACAAAUAAACAGCGCUGUGUUCCCAUGGCAGCGCCGUGCAGUAAUCUGACGGCUGGUUUCCCAUGGCUGUGUCUCACUGCCCCAUAGACCUCCACUCUGUCUCACUGAUGGCUCCUGUGAUUGCAAUCAUCCAUCUUA